AUGCAUGCUAGUCAAAAAUUUCAAGGUGCUAAACCACCUCGUAUUCCAACUCGAUCUGGUAUUGUUCAACAACCAACACAAGUUGCACCAAUUAAACGAUUAGCAAAUAAUACACCAGUAACAAAAACAAGAGCAUCAACUAUGGUUAAAUCACAAUCUGCAUACAAUAUACCAAGAACAUCUACUGUAACAGUCACUGCCCCAGUUGUUUCACAAAUGAAAAAAUCAAUUAGUGAACAAGAUCUUGUUAAUGUUGUACCUCGCACACAAAAAUCUCGAUUUGGUUUUGUUAAAAAAUCUGUUGAUUUAGCUGCUGUUCGAGAAGAUCCACCACAUGUAUCACCAGUAAAACCUGCUGCUUCAUCACGUAUUAGUGGUGCUUGGAAAAAAAAUGGUGAUGAUCUAGUUGAUGAACGUGAUCGACGUGAACUUAUUCUUACUCAAAAUGAACUUCUACAAAUCGUCUUUACCAAUCAAUUAUUUAAUGAAAUCAUUCAAUCAAAUCGACAACUUCAAACAGCUCGUUUCGGUAAAUUACAUCGUGCUGCAUAUCGAAUAAUUAAUGAUAUUAAUAAUUUACAAGAAACAAGAAAAAAAGCUGUUGUAGAUAAAAUUGUUGGAAAUAUUAUUAAAACAUUGGGUGAAACAUUAAGUAAAAUUGUUCGUUUAUUUAAUGAUUACGAUCAAAAACAACAAACACUUGAUAUUUGUCUUUCAAAUAAACUUGAUCGACUUCAUAUUCAAUCUGUGGUAAAUGAUAUAACAGAUGAAAAUAAAGAAAAUUGGAAUCGUACAUGUGAUCGUCUUAUUGAACUGAUUGAAGCAAAUGAAUUAGCACAAAUGAAUACAAUGGAUUUAGAAACUUAUUCAAAAUUAAUACAUGAACUUGAUUCAACUAUUGAUUCAUAUAAACAUACAAUUUCAAAAGGAAAAUAUAAUCAUUGGACUUUAUCCAUCGAUACAAUUACUAUAUAUUAUUUUCAUUUAUUUAUUCUCUAUGUAAUGGAGUUCAAUAAUAAUAUUACAUCAAAACGUUUUCGUUCUGAGAAUUCUUCUAUACAUUAUCAUUCUACUUUAUCCGACAAUCUUCUUUCUUGUCCUUUUUGUACAUUUAAUACAAAUUCUCAAGUUGAUUUUGAUUUUCAUAAUCAUAUUCAUCAUCAACAUAUAUGUUCUCAAUGUUUACAUGUAUUUCCUAAUUAUUUUCUUUUGGAUCUUCAUAUGGAUGAAGUACAUAAUACUUAUUCAAGAAUUCGAUCAUAUCGUUGUUUGAUUGAAUCAUGUUCAAAAAUAUUUUCUAAUAUUGAACAACGUUUUCAACAUAUCAAUGAUGAACAUCAUUCUACAAAAAAUCGUCAUUUAAAUGAUAUAUUUAUUUUAUUUUCAAAUCAAAAAAUGAAUGAAAUGAAAAACAAAGAACAAGACAAAAAAUUUGGUUGUGAUAGUCAAAAAACAUUUAUACGUAAUUCACGAUUACGGCCACGACAAUUUAUUGAUAUGAAUUGGGACGGUGAUGAAUAA